ACAAUGUGCAGCCGAUUGCUUCCUUUUUCUGGAGUCUUUAUUAAAACAUUUCCAAGCCAAAGCUGGCAUUUGUGAACACAUAUUGCACAUGUAUUAACUAACUGUUUAUUGUGACAGAAUACCUAUUUAUGUGAUUUUUAAAAACUUUAUUUUAAAGAAAAGCUUGAUUUCCAUACAAAAUUAUUCAACAUGGGUGAUAAGAAAAACGAUAUGGAAAGAAUUGGUCUCUUUCAAGAGAUGGAAUACGUUACGAUUGGUGACAAGUACAAGUCACCCGCGGCCUUUAGUUUCAAUGAAGCUGCCAGCAAAGGGAAGCAAAUGCUGCCCGGAGGAACCAAAGAGCGAUCAGCUUUGCAGGCUGGUUAUUUUACUGACAAAUUUGGUCGCAUCCUGGAAGCAGAGGCUUACAGUGAUCCAGUAAAGCUUAGAAGAAUGUACAGACAAAAAGAAGCCAUGAAAAAUAUUGGUAAAGCCUUCCUUCCAAGUAAUGGUGAAAAGAAACCGUCUGGACUCGGGAGUUAUUAUGGCACUAUCGGUGGGCCGGUCACCUUCUUUUCUCCAGGUCUUCGUUCAGGGGGAGCAUAUAAAGCUCCUGGCAAAAAUGUUCUCACAAAUCCAGGAAAAAAAGGAACUGGCUAUGGAUAUCCCAAUGUUCUGCUUGGCAAAUAUCCAGCCAACCAGAGUGAAAAUUAUGAAAGUGGCAGGGACAAACUGCGGAAAGAACUCCAAUCACAUAAGGCUGCAUUAAAAGGAGGCGCAUUUCGCCUAAACAUGCAUCCAACAGACUACUUCGAACUGAAUCCAUACAGGACAGAAAAGCCACUUCCUCCACUGAGAAAAUCAUUAUCAGCAAGUGCUCUUCGAGACAAAGAUCUCAAGCCAUUCAAACCAAGUUCACCAGGAAAAACUCCUGGAGGAAUGAAGGCUGGAACAUUUGACCCCUACCCAUCACAUUCUCAAGAUGCUUACAGAAUCAGAGUGAAACGUCCAGUCAAUAUUGUCAACAAGAGUGGAAAGAGUUUUAUACCAUCACAGGGUCCCAAGUCAAGGCCUGUCAAUUCCAUUGUGGAUCAGAUGGUGACAAGAUCCAUGAAUUCACAGAACUACAGAGCUGUAACGCUGGCAUAACUACCCACGACAUUUAACUGAGACAUUUCAUUUUAAAACAAAAUAAUGCUGUUUAGUGUGAUAUAAAGACAAAUGUUUUUUAAUUAAUAGGAUUUCCUAGCAUUACCUGAAUGAGCAGCCAUUUUAAACUUGAACGACUUAGUAAUUUUAAAUGUUUUUAUAUGGAAUGGCAGUGUGUUACAUACCAAAACUAGGUCACCACGACCUAGCUUUUCACACAUUAAACUUUAAAGGAAAUCCUUGUCAGGGUGAUGUAUUCCGUAUCAAUUCAUAUGAGAUCAUCAGAUCUUGCAUUCAAGUACAGCUUGGGAUGGUGGUGUGUUUUGUACAAUAACUAGGUCACUGUGACCUACUUUUCACACAUUACUCCACAUUAAAGGAAAUCCUUGUUCAGGCCAUAUCUUCCUUAUCAAUUCAUAUAGGAUCAUCAAACCUUUCAUGCAAGUAUAACUUUGAAUGGCGGUGUGUUGCAUAUAACUAGGUCACCAGGACCUAUUUUUGACAGGCGUUUCAUGUACCUCACUCAUACAGUGUUUACCCUAGUAAUCUCUGGUAUACUAACAGAUUGUUAUUUAUUCAUUUAUCAGUAUUAAAGUAAUAUUACAUUUUUUUGUUGUUAUUAAAGACAUUAUGUAGGUAUUAAACCAUUAUUUCUUGAUUUAUGUGUUGAAAUAUGAGAUGAGUUUAAUCUGAAUGCUCAUCUUUGUCAAAUAAACAAUUAAUUUACUAUUAUUUAAUUAAUGGAGGUAAUUACUAGUAUAGAAAUGUAUUGCUUUAAUAAUAAGGAUUCUAUCCUGCAUACCUCGUAAAAAUGUAUUUCGACACAAAAUGACCAUACUUAGUUUUUAUAAUUGUCGAUAUUUUAUAGUACCUGGUGAUACUUCUAUACAGUGAUAUAACUGUAUAUUAUAGUUGACUGUUAUUACCUUAAAAUUUUUAAACACAUACUUGGGAUUCAGUACAGAAAGGUGGGUUCUUGAGAAAGUGAAUGAAUUAAUAGUGUUUAAACAAAUUAAUGAAAUGUUUUGUAGAGGUGGGUGGCAAGAAGGGUGUAUGUUCAGCCAUUGCAUACAUGUCGUUAAUAGUUUUUAAUAUAGUUUACAAAACAGACUAUGUUGUGUUUUUUUGUGUGUCUGGACAUUUGCUUGCUUUAGGAUAUGUUACAUUAUUGAUACGGUAUCUCUACUUUCAAACAAACAAACAAAAACCUCCCAGAAGAAGAUUAAUAGUGCAUAAUCCUGAAUGUUUGAUUUUUGAGAGUGUUUUCACUUCAUUUUAUUAAAGUAAUAUGUGAUUAUAGCCAUAUAGUUUUGAUAUGUUGGAGCUUUUUAGGCUUUUUUUUUUUAAAACAUUUUGUAUAAAAUAUGUUACUAAAAGUAACUUUGUUAUGUAAAGAACCUUGAAAUGAUUAACAUGAAAUGUGUGUUGGAUGUUGUAAAAAUAUACUGUGCCAGUCCAGAAAUUGAGAGAUAAACGAUUAAAGAAUUUAAUCUGUUAAUAACUUGAUAUACAGUGAAAUCCCCCGAAACCAGACAUGUUAGGAACCAAGUAAAAUGUCUGAUUUUAAGGGGUAACCAGUUUAUCCAGUUUAAAGAGGUUCUCUCUUGUACUAAAAUUUAAAAGGGGACUGUGAAAAGUGUCAGUUUUUUAGAGAAUUCCGUUUACAGAGUGUUCGGUUUUGAGAGGUUUCACUGUACAAGCACCGUUUCUACACUGUAAUGAUAUAUUACAGGUUUAUUCAAAUAGCAAUAACUCGUUACACAUUUUAUCUUUUUUUUAAAUAUAUAUAUUUAUAUUGAUAAAAACCAUUUACAUUGAUGAAGUCUGCUGAAAUCUGUGAUAUUGUUUGGUUUUUCAGUUUUAAUCAUGAUCUUAAACAUGACUAGGACAUACUGAUCCCGUUAAAAAAAAACAUUAUCUGUGUUUUGUGUAUCCAGGUUAAACAAAUUUAAUAAUACAUGUACAUCCUUGUUAUUGUUAUACUUUAUACCAAAAGUGGAUUUUGACAAUAUGGUUAAGUGUAUCCCAAUAUUCAUCAGUUGGGGUUGGGUUUUUUCCAUUUCAACAAUUAUGAUUCAAUUCUACAUUUUGCAGUGAGCAAUUUUGCUUAAAUCUUGUGCAUCUACGUAUCUUUUCAUUUAAAUUUCUGUAAACUAAACCAAGUGAUCAUUGUAUUAAGUAUGCUACAUUUAGUUUACUUGCUAUGAUGAUGUGUCUUUAUUUAGAAAAAUAAAUAAAACUGUGAAACAAACUGUACAGUAAAAUGAUCUUUCAGCUCUUAAUACAAUUCUUCUUAAUUUUUAUUCCCAAAAUCAUGAUCUUCAUUUUGGUAGAUUUAUUGGCUUUCCCCAAGUAAUAACUUAAAAGUAUUCCAGUUAUGUAACAUUUAUAUUUUCAUUACAUAUCCAAGCUUUCAUUCCUGAUCAUUCACAUUACAUUCAUAUAUUAUACUCAGAUUUCUAUUGUUAUGUUGCAAUAUACAUGUACAUAUAGUAAACUAAAUGUUUUGUCUUUGUUUGGCCAAAAUUUCUGUUUUUGGAUAUCGCUUAUUUAUAUAAAUAUAUUUUGUUACAAUAUAUUUUUUAAGUUUGUGAAUAUAUUUAAUUUUUGCUGUGCCGAUUGCUUUUUGUCUUUACAAUCAAUGUUUGUAGCUGAUAUAUAUUAGAUCUAAAUAUUUGUUGAUCUCUGUUACUUAUAUACCGGUAAUGUGUUUAAUCUGCACAUUAUGCUGAUUUCAACUUUUUAAGCUUGCCUGUUUGAAACAUUAAUAUAAGAGGUUUAAAGAGAACAAGUUACUGUGUUUGGGUCACGUUAUAAUUAUGCUGGUUUAAUACCUACAUUUCUCUCACGCUUAGGUAUAUAGGACAGAGCUAUCACAUGAAAAAAAGCUAUGAAAGAUAUUUCUUGCUAGUUCAAUCAACCUGUACAAAGGUGCCAGAAAGCUGAGUUAGAUAAACCGCCUAGCACUCGUCCCCUAAACGAUAAUGCACCCUUUUCAUUGAUUAAUUAGUCUCGUCGUUUAGGAGGUAGUUGACCGUUGAUACCUGUUCAUUACAUCAUUACAUAAUCAAAGGUAGUAUAUGAUGUCACAUAAUAUGUAACACUGCAUUCAUACAUUCUAGUGAUGUAACAUGUCAGCUGGGAGGUCACCAUAUAAACAAAACAAAUGCAGUGAAUUAUAUAAUAAUUAUACUAAAAUUAUAAGACCGAUUGUACUUGUUCUAUCCCACAUGACCACAUAUGAUGGAGUUUUAUAUUAUUACCUUCCUAAUAAAUCUUACUAUAUAAAUAGUCCUGAAUAUAAUCAACAAUUGUUUCUUCAAUAUUCAAUUCUACAGCCAUAACUGCGUUUCUGAAUUCAACACUACUGUUUAUAGCACAUGGUAGGUGGUGGUUUAAGUGCCUCUUGACAAUGUCAGAAGUAAACAAAUGGUAUUGCUAUUACAUAUGUUAGGUGUAGGGUUACAAAAUAAAAAUUGAAGAUAUGUAUAUCAAACAAGCAAGCUAUAAGAGGGCUUUGACUAGGAUCCAUAAUUUAUAAAAUAUAUAUAUACGUAUAUAUAUAUAUAUAUAUAUAUUAUUAUUAGGUGAGUUUACCUCAUUACAUUUUUAUAUUGUAAAUAUAUAAUAUACAAAAAAGUAUCAUUUCUUUAUCUGAAGGUAGAGGGUUUAGUCCAUUUUUCUUGGUACUACCCAAGAAUAUGAACAGUGUACAAUAUGUAUAUAUUUUCCACAAUAAAUGGUUAAAACAGCCA